UCUCAAUUUUGUGGCUUUUGGCUUAACCCAAUGAAGAGACAAGUUUUUAUGAGUCAACUAAUAAAUCUUUUUUUUUAAGUCUAGUCUCUCUCUAUUGGUCCACUUUGAGUCAACUGAUAAAUUAAGCCACAUGUUUUAACGCUCUUGAGUCUCUCUGUAUUUUGUUCACUAUGAGUCAAUGAGUCAACUAAUAAAGCCAAUUGAUUUAUGUAUAAGAAAACUCUUGUGUGUGAUCUCCUCUAUGGGUUCAAUGCGUUAACGAUAAAUCUAGAAUUUUUGUUUUUUUUUUCCAUUUAUGUAAGUGACCGAUGAAUUCCAAGCCAGGCAAUCAGACAAAGCUCGUAUGUUCAACGCUUUUAUUCUGUAGCGUUGUUCUGAUUCAGCUGUUUGCUGCUCAAAUUGAUGCUCAAAGAUCAAGAAGCCGAUGGCAGACGCUCAGUGGUGAUGCUCCACUUGUGAUUGCUCGUGGUGGGUUUUCUGGAUUGUUACCAGAUUCGAGUCUUGAUGCUUACAAUCUUGCAAUUCAGACAAGUGUAGCCGAAGUUGUUCUAUGGUGUGAUGUUCAGCUAACCAAAGACGGGGCUGGGAUUUGUUUCCCUGAAUUAAAUAUGGCCAAUGCUUCGAAUAUUGAUUUUGUUUACCCAAAUGGUCAAAAAUCGUACCCGGUAAAUGGAGUCACUACUCAGGGUUGGUUCGCCAUUGAUUCCACCUUGAGAGAUCUCCAGAAUGUAAUCUUGACUCGAGGAAUACUAUCGCGAUCAAAUAAGUUCGAUGGAAAUGGAUAUACGAUUCCCACGAUUCAAAAUGUAACUGAGCAGAUGAAGCCAGAAGGAGGUUUUUGGUUAAAUGUUCAGCACGAUGCGUUCUACGAACAACAUAAUUUAAGCAUGAGCAGUUUUAUAUUAUAAGCUUCAAGAACUGUUUCCAUGGAUUUCAUCUCUUCCCCUGAAGUGAAUUUCUUUAAGAAAAUUGCUGGCCGUUUCAAGCGUAAUGGACCGAGUUUCGUGUUUCAGUUUCUCGGGAAAGAAGAUUUCGAGCCGACAACAAACCAAACAUACGGUUUUAUCUUGAGUAACCUAACGUUUGUCAAGACGUUUGCUUCAGGGAUUCUUGUUCCCAAGUCAUAUAUAUUUCAACUCGAUGACAAGCAGUACUUGAUUCCUCAUACAUCCUUAGUUCAAGAUGCUCACAAAGCAGGAUUAGAAGUAUAUGUGUCAGGUUUCGCAAAUGAUGUUGAUAUUGCUCAUAACUACAGUUUCGAUCCAGUGUCAGAGUAUCUAUCUUUUGUGGACAAUGGAGAUUUCUCUGUUGAUGGCAUGCUCUCUGAUUUUCCCUUAACUGCAUCUGCUUCCAUCGACUGCUUCGCCCACAUUGGCAGAAACGCUACAAAACAAGUGGAUUUUCUUGUUAUAUCAAAAGAUGGUGCGAGUGGUGACUAUCCUGGAUGUACAAACUUUGCAUAUGAGAAGGCAAUUAAAGAUGGUGCUGAUGUCAUCGAUUGCUCUGUCCAAAUGUCCAGCGACGGUAAAUCCUUUUGCUUAAGUACGGCAGAUCUCAAGGACAGCACACUGGUUGCCCAAAGUCAGUUUAGUGACCGUUCAACUACUGUUCCUGAGAUUAGCACAGUUCCUGGAAUAUACACAUUUAGUCUCACAUGGCCUGAGAUCCAAAACUUGACUACUGCUAUUUCAAACCCUUACCAGAGUUCUUACAAUAUGUUUAGGAAUCCGAAUGAGAAAAAUUCAGGGAAGCUUAUUUCGCUUUCUGAGUUCCUAGAAUUAGCAAAAAAAUCCACUUCUCUCUCCGGUGUUUUGAUCAGAGUAGAGAAUGCGGCAUACUUGAGAGAGAAGCAAGGGCUCGACGUGGUUAAAGCGGUUAUCGAUACCCUCACAGAAGCUGGUUACAGCAAUGGAAAUACAACAUUAAAGGUCAUGGUUCAGUCUACGAACAGCUCGGUUCUAGUUGACUUCAAAAGCCAGAGCAAGUAUGAGACUGUCUACAAAAUCGAAGAAACCAUUAGCGAUAUCGGUGACUCUGCCAUCGAAGACAUGAAGAAAUUCGCUAACGCUGUUGUUAUUGGAAAAGAUUCAGUCUUUCCUAUUGCUGAUAAUUUCCUGUCGGGGCAAACAAAUGUUGUGGAGAAACUGCAGAAGUCUAAGCUCCCAGUUUAUGUGGAACUGUUUCAGAAUGAGUUUGUAUCACAACCAUUUGACUUCUUUUCAGAUGCCACUGUUGAGAUAAACACAUAUACCUAUGGAUUUGGUAUCAAUGGAACCAUUACAGAGUUCCCUUUCACAGCUGCAAGAUACAAAAGGAAUCGAUGUUUGGGCAGAAAAGUAAUACCACCUUACAUGUCACCUAUUCAAGCCGGUAUCCUCUUAAAAAAUCUUGUGAGUCCUCUGUCCUUACCUCCAACCCAAGCUCCAAGCCCAGUUUUCACAGAUGGUGAUGUCACUGAGCCACCGCUACCUCCGGUUAUUCCAAAAGCCCCAACCUCAACCCCUGGAACCCCAUCAACCAUUGCACAACCACCUAGCGGACAAACCCGACUCACACUAUCUCUUCUCCUCUCUGUUUUUUUCUUCUCUCUUCCACUUCUCUGAUCACAUACUCCUCUCUGUUUAUAAUGUCUUCCACCCUCGUAAAAAUAUUUCUUGUGUGCAUAUUUAUACUUUUGUCUAAUGUCCAUUUGGUUAUUGUACUUGUUUAUCAUUACCAGUUUAUAAUUUGGCUGUUUGUACAUUUAAAAAAAACUAUUUCUUUCUGUAACAGAAUUUUAUUUCUUGAACUUAA